AUGCGCGUGGCAAUCGCUGGCCUUGGCGCCGUCGGCCUGCCCGUCGCCAGGGAGCUGUUCCGUGGGAGCAUCCCGGGGAUGUCGCUUGCCGCCAUGAGCGCGAGCACAGAGGCGAGUGCUCGCUCGAAAGCCGCGUUGGCCGGUCUCACCGACGUUGCUGUGCUCACUGCAUCAGAGCUGGCUGCGCACGCAGAUGUCGUGGUCGAGGCGCUGCCGCCGUCAUUGUUCCUCGACGUUGCGCAGCCAACGCUGGCGGCGGGCAAGACGCUACUCGUCCUGAGCGUGACGCAGCUGCUUCUGGAGUACGAGGUGCUUCAAAAGCUAGCCGCCAGUUCAGGCGGCAGAAUCCUCGUCCCGAGUGGUGCUCUCUGCGGCUUGGACGCAGUCAAGGCGGCCACAGAGGGUGGGAAUGUGACGUCGGUCGUGAUGCAAACGCGCAAGCCACCCGCGUCGCUCGCAAAUGCGCCGUUUGUGCGUGAGCAAGGGCUGAACCUGUCAGAGCUCGCUGAACCGCAGCGCCUCUAUGCUGGAAGCGUGAGCGACGCGGCCCAGCGAUUCCCUGCCAACGUCAACGUCGCCGUCGCACUCUCCUUGGCGGGUAUCGGACCGGAUCGCACGAAGUACGAGCUCUGGGCCGAUCCGGGAGUCGAGCGGAACACGCACACCUUUGCGGUGAAGUCUGCAGAGAGCAACUUUGAGGUUCGAAUUGCGGGCGUUCCAACUGAGAGCAACCCGGCUACGGGCGCGCUGACACCGCUCUCUGCCAUGGCCACGCUCCGAGGGCUCGUCUCGACAGUGCGAGUGGGUACAUGA